AUGACCAAAGCAUUGAAACUUGACAAUAAAUUACCAAAGUUGACCACCUGUUGCAUUUGCAUAAAUCUUCGAACGGGUGUACUCUUAAUAUCGAUUAUUUGGAUGCUUUAUGGUCUUUUAUUUUCAAUUGUUCACCUAUUAUAUACUAAGGCUUUAAAAAAAUCAACUAAUGAUGCUUAUAAUUAUCCCGCAGCAAUCUUAUAUCUUUUUAUUAUCGUCGCUUCAAUUUACGGAAUAAUAGUCGUUGCAUUUGCAGAAUCAAUUGGACGUUUAAAAAUUCAUGCAAUUCUUACCUAUGUGAUCGCAACUCUAAUCACGAUAAUGAGUAUCACAGAAAUUACAGUAUACACUCUCUUUAAAACCACGUUCUUACAAGAUUGCACCGAGUCAAACCCAUCCAAUGUCUGUGAGAAAGCAUAUAAUUUGGUAUUACAGAUAAUAAUCACAACAAAGAUCAUCGCAGCAGUUUUAUCGAUUUACUUUUUGUUGGUAGUUAACUCUUACGUAGUUCGUCGUCGUAAAAUAGAAAAAAUGUAUGAUAUUGAUAUUGAGAGUGUUAAAGAAGCGGCUCAAUGA